AGAGGUGGGGGGGAGAAGAAGGAGGAGGAGGAGGAGGAGGAGAUGUAGACAAAUUUGCAACCUGGAUUCAAGAAAUACAAUUUGCAAAAAAGGAAGCUCCAGCUGUUAUUAUUUUUAAAGAGGGAGAGAGAGAAGAAGAAGAAGAAGAAGCCUUGAGAAAAAGAACGCCAAAACAGGAAGGAAAAAGCAAGACCAAGGAGGAGAAGGAUGCCCAGGCGGAAGGCAGCGUCGGCCUCUUCCACGGCCUGGGACGGUGCCAGCUCUGGCAACGGGACCGGCUCGGCUCGGAAACGGACCGGCUCUGCUCGGGGGUCCGCCGCUCCCGCCAAGAAGAAGAACCGUGAUGGAGGCAGCAGCAGCAGCAGCAGCAACGGGGGGGACGGCAGCAGUGGGGAUGAGCGAGACGGGCUGGCGUUGCCCCCCACCAUGGCCGCCCCCACAGCGGCCGGAGGCGGCAAGAAGGUGGCCCGGCCCCGAGGGGCAGGGGAACAGCAGGCCCCCCAGAACCAGCAGGGCCCCCAGGCUGCCGUGGUGGUCAGCGAGCCGGAGCACAGCAAGGAGCGCAUUAAACUUGAAGGGUCCAAGUUCAAAGGUCAGCUUUUGAUAUUUGGAGCAACCAACUGGGACUUGAUCGGCCGCAAAGAAGUUCCUAAGCAGCAAGCCGCGUACCGCAACCUGGGCCAGAACUUGCUGGGGCCCCACCGAUACGGAUGCCUCUCUGGGGUCCAGGUCCGGACGGUGGUUUCGGGCCCGUGUUCCGCUCACAGUCUCCUCAUCACCACCGAGGGAAAGAUCUGGAGCUGGGGACGCAACGACAAAGGCCAACUGGGCCACGGAGACACCAAGCGGGUGGACGCCCCGAAGCCCAUCGAAGUGCUCGGCAGCGAAGUGGUCGUUUCGGCAGCCUGCGGACGGAACCACACGCUGGCCCUGACGGAGAGCGGCUCCGUCUUCGCCUUUGGAGAGAACAAGAUGGGGCAGCUGGGCCUCGGCAACCAGACGGACGCCGUCCCCAGCCCCACCCAGAUCAUGUACAACGGGCAGCCCAUCACCAAGAUGGCGUGUGGCGCCGAGUUCAGCAUGGUCAUGGACUGCAAAGGGAACCUCUACUCGUUUGGGUGCCCAGAAUACGGACAGCUGGGACACAACUCCGACGGGAAGUUCAUCGCCCGAGCCCAGAGGAUAGAGUACGACUGUGAGUUGGUUCCCCGGCGCGUUGCCAUCUUCAUCGAAAAGACCAAAGAUGGCCAGAUUCUGCCUGUCCCAAAUGUCGUCGUGAGAGAUGUGGCCUGCGGAGCAAAUCACACGCUUGUCUUGGACUCUCAGAAACGCGUCUUCUCCUGGGGCUUCGGGGGCUACGGCCGGCUGGGCCACGCCGAGCAGAGAGACGAGAUGGUGCCACGUCUAGUGAAGCUUUUUGACUUCCCGGGCCGUGGGGCAGCCCAGAUCUACGCCGGUUACACCUGCUCCUUUGCAGUCAGCGAAACAGGUGGCCUCUUUUUCUGGGGGGCAACCAAUACCUCUCGAGAAUCGACGAUGUACCCCAAAACUGUGCAGGACCUAUGCGGCUGGAAAAUCCGAAGUCUAGCUUGCGGGAAGAGCAGUAUUAUAGUGGCUGCAGAUGAGAGCACAAUCAGUUGGGGACCGUCUCCGACCUUUGGAGAACUGGGCUACGGAGACCACAAGCCCAAGUCCUCGACCACAGCUCAAGAGGUGAAGACCUUGGACGGGAUCCACACGGAGCAGGUGGCCAUGGGCUACGCUCACUCCCUGGCGAUCGCCCGCGACGAGAGCGACACCGAGAAGGAGAGGCUGAAGAAGCUGCCAGAAUACAACCCGCGCACGCUCUGACGCUGGGCAGGCGCCCUCCUCCUCCUCCUCCUCCUCCUCCUCCU